GAGGUCUGAAAUCAAACUUUAAGACUAAAACAACCUGCCUAUGCACUUGUCUGCUCCAGGGCUGCACGUCAGAAUCCAGAAGGCUGGCUUGGGAGAGACAUUUAUAUAGAUAAUAGAGUGCUCUUCCCUGCUCAACCCCCCUACACUGGUGUGCAGAAUGGUUUCACCCGAUGCUCUGUUGUAAGGGCAGGAACUGGCUCAGCUCUCAAUCUGGUACCCACACGCUCAUCCUCCUGCAUCCUCAGCUCAGCAUCCCUCCGGCUGCUCUCCAUACUGCACCCCCUUAACCCAGACCUUCCAGGGGGCACCCACCUCAAGGACCUGAAGGAUCUCCAGGCAUCUGAAAAGACUUGGCAUUUGCAACCCCAGGAGAGCAUGAUAAUUAAUCACAUAGACCAACAUCAGUACUGGAAAGGAGCAACCCACCUAGAACACUGCUAAUAUAACUGCUCUCCCCAGAAACACUAUAGGAACAAGUUUAGGCCUCUGGAAUUUUGGAUUGAGAAGAAUCAAGUCAACAUUUUAGCACAAUCAUAGAUCUGAAUAUCAAGAUUUCAUUUCUUAGGUAGGGUAGCAAGCCUUGUAGCAACCAUGGAGGACACAUACAAAGACCGGACUGCUUUUAUUCGAGGAGCUAAAGACAUUGCUAAGGAGGUCAAGAAACAUGCGGCCAAGAAGGUGGGCAAGGGUGUGGACAAGAUGCAGGAUGAGUACACAAAGAGAUCUUAUACCAGAUUUGAGGAAGACGAUGAUGACGAUUACCCGCCACAGGAUGGAUAUUACCGGGGUGACCCUCUGAAUGACGAGGAAGGAGCCUCUAGUGAUGCCACUGAAGGGCAUGAUGAAGACGAUGAGAUUUAUGAGGGGGAGUAUCAAGGUAUUCCCCGGGCUGAUUCCAUGAAGGGAGAUCACCUCACAAAUAACCAGCAGCUCGUUACGGAAUUCAAAGACUUUAAUGAUUUGGAAGCUCAAAGGAAAAAAGACAAGGAGGAGUUAGCUCAGCAAUAUGAGGCAAUCCUACAAGAGUGCGGACACGGGCGCUUUCAGUGGACACUCUAUUUCGUUCUUGGACUCGCCUUAAUGGCAGACGGAGUGGAGAUUUUUGUGGUGGGAUUUGUGUUGCCCAGUGCAGAGAAAGACAUGUGCCUGUCAGACUCCAAUAAAGGCAUGCUGGGUCUCAUCGUCUACCUGGGGAUGAUGGUUGGCGCAUUCCUAUGGGGAGGGCUGGCAGACCGCAUUGGGCGACGGCAGUGCCUACUUAUGUCACUCUCUGUCAACAGCGUUUUUGCCUUCUUUUCUUCAUUUGUCCAGGGAUACGGGACCUUCUUGUUCUGCAGGCUUCUAUCUGGUGUCGGUAUUGGUGGCUCCAUUCCCAUCGUCUUCUCCUAUUUCUCUGAGUUUCUGGCUCAAGAGAAAAGGGGAGAGCACUUGAGCUGGCUGUGCAUGUUCUGGAUGAUUGGUGGGAUCUAUGCCUCAGCGAUGGCUUGGGCCAUCAUUCCACACUACGGGUGGAGCUUCCAGAUGGGUUCUGCUUACCAGUUCCACAGCUGGAGGGUGUUUGUGCUGGUGUGUGCAUUCCCAUCUGUGUUUGCUAUAGGAGCUCUAACCACCAUGCCUGAGAGCCCUCGCUUUUUCUUAGAGAAUGGGAAACAUGAUGAAGGUUGGAUGGUGCUAAAGCAAGUUCAUGACACCAAUAUGAGAGCCAAAGGACACCCUGAGAAAGUGUUUUCUGUAACCCAAAUAAAAACCAUUAAGCAAGAGGAUGAGCUUGUUGAGAUCCAGUCAAACACUGGGACCUUGUACAGGCGAUGGAGUAUCCGAACGCUCAACCUAUUACAACAGGUCUGGGCCAACUUCCAUCAGAUUUUUUCCCCAGAAUACCGACGCAUUACUCUCAUGAUGAUGGCUGUUUGGUUCACUAUGUCCUUCAGUUACUAUGGGCUGACCGUGUGGUUCCCAGACAUGAUCAAACACCUGCAAAACCUUGACUAUGCCUCUCGUACAAAGUACUUCCAUAAUGAGUCUGUGAAUAACUUUAACUUCAACUUCACCCUGGAAAACCAGGUCCACAAGAAAGGAGAAUACCACAAUGACAAAUUCAUAGGCCUCAAGCUAAAGUCUGUCAUCUUUGAAGAUUCCUUGUUCACCGACUGCUACUUUGAGGAUAUCACCUCCAGUAACUCUUUCUUCAAAAACUGCUCUUUCAUUCGCACAAUGUUCUACAACACAGACCUGUUCGAUUACAAGUUCAUCAACAGUAAGUUCACUAACAGCACAUUCCUGCACAGUAAGGAAGGCUGCCAGCUGGACUUCAGUGAUGAUAUCAACAACGCCUACAUGAUCUACUUUGUGAGCUUCCUGGGGACUCUCGCAGUCUUGCCUGGCAACAUUGUGUCUGCAUUGCUCAUGGACAAAAUCGGGCGCCUUCGUAUGCUGGCUGGCUCCAGUGUUAUAUCUUGCAUCAGCUGCUUCUUCCUGUUCUUUGGAAACAGCGAGUCAGCCAUGAUUGCCUUGCUCUGCCUUUUCGGAGGGGUCAGCAUCGCUUCUUGGAAUGCGCUGGAUGUCCUGACGGUGGAGCUCUAUCCUUCUGAUAAGAGGACCACAGCCUUUGGUUUCUUGAAUGCCCUCUGCAAAUUAGCUGCUGUCCUGGGAAUCAGCAUUUUCACUUCAUUUGUCGGGAUAGCCAAAGCCGUGCCCAUCUUGUUGGCGUCCGCAGCAUUGGCACUGGGUAGCUUUCUAGCCCUCAAACUACCAGAGACCCGAGGUCAAGUACUUCAGUGAGACACACCCAUGUAAAAAUAGAUAACAUACGUAGGCACUGUGAAACGUCUUUUUUUUUUUUUUUGUGGGGCCUGGCUCCAAAUCCUCCUCUACCCUGAGAUAUUAAUACAGCGAUACGAAUGAGUGUUAGAUAGAAUGCUUUCAGAAGAACAGAAGUCUAAAAUUGUUUGCACUAUUGCUAGACUUGAGAGUGUCUUCAAGGAUUAUUUUGUGUUCAGGGUGGUUUAAGGUUAGAAAGAGGAGGACUGAGGCUUCCCACAUACCCUUGUUUCUGAGAAUACCGACUUGAAGAUUCUUGAGUUUUAUGUAAAAAAAAUUCUUUAGCCAAUGGUCUGUACAUACAGGUGGUAACUACUGGCAGAUGGCAGAAACAAUUUACUUUUACUGAUAUUGGUCUAAAAGGGGAAGUUCACCUAUAAAUAAAUACAUUUGUAGUAUGCUAUAGAUGGACCUAUUCAAAGCACAUUUUUAAUUGGUAUUCAUUGCUUUAUAAUGAUUAGUCUUUUUAUUCAGGCCUUUAUUCAAACUGAAAAUGCCGUUUGUCGGGGUCACUGACCUAGGCAACCAAAACCAGACUUCUCAAUUGCUGAAAGGGUAAUUAGACCCUAGCAACACAGAUGUUGCCAAGAUUGAGAACCGUACAAUAUUUCAAAAGCUGCAAGAAAAUAAAAAAUUAAGACCGCUUGCAAAUUGUCUUAGAAUAAAUAACACUGCCUACAUCAUACUAAAAGUCAAUGUUAUGGUGAACUACCCCUUUAAAGCUCGAAACAGCUUUUCACCAGUUAGUGUUUGUCAAUGUGCUGGACUACUUUCCUAUUUCCCAUAUACAGCCGCUCCUUCCAGGUCCCUCACCAUCUAGCUUACUCUUACCCUGUUGUACCGGACAAGACCCAACCCAUAGUAGCAGCACAUAGUGAAGAUAUGCAGAAACCAAGAGGUAGACUUCUGAAACAUAAGACUAUGGGAUAUAGUUCAGUAGAUCCAAGCAGUAUAUAUAACUGGUGAAAGGACUGUUCCUGGUCUUUACUUUCCUUUUAAAGAUAAAUUACUACCUGUUGUAGAACCAUUGAAAAAAAUAUAGUAACGUGAUAUGCAGAUAAAUAUAAAACCUAAGUCACUGCUUACACUACACAAAGGUUAUUACAUAGACCUUAUUAAGUCAUGGCCAUAAUAUGUUAUAUAAAUUCAGGCAGGUCUUUUAGAGUGGGGCAAUAAGGUUUUGGAUAUCAGCUAUAAACAGUAGGUGGCAGCAGUGCACUUAGAACAUAUUCACUAGGUAGCAUACAUUUGUCAAUGUGCAAUAAUCCUGUUAUCAGCGGCACUUAUUAUACAGUUGUAUUCCCACUGCAACAUGUCUUUCGUGGCCAACGUGUAAUGGGAAUUUAAGUAUAAAUGUAAACACCGGAAUGCGGUCAUACAUUUCUUUAAAUGAGGGCACAGUUGACUCAAGCUCUUUUUAAAUAAUCGAGAUAUCUGUCAAAUUUACUUAAAAGCACAAAGCAAGUAAAGAGCAGGGCUGAGAUUUUAAACAAACCUACUUUGUUGGGUUGAGCACACAAACAAGAUCAAAUGAUUUGUUUUAAUCAACUGGCAUACGUAAAAUAUAUAUAAUUGCACAAAUUUCUAAAAAAAAUAUCAAUUGUUGGUCAAGUUUGAAAGCAUAUCCUGAAUACGGGGAGUUGUUAAUUAUAAAAUAUUCGGUUAUCAUGGCAUGAAAGCCUGUUGGUUCCUGAAUGAAGAACAGCCAUAUCUCCAGUUGUUGUGGAAAUACAUCUCCCACGUUCUUCACCAGCGAACACAUUUGGGGUUGUAUCUCUGCAACUUGGGCUGGAGGGCCACAGCUUCAACACAAUUUAAGCCAAAAUCUGUUGACAGGCAUAGCUUAAGCUGGAUAAACACAAGCUGAUCAGAUCUUCAGAUCUCAAGCCAGAGGCCAUCGAAUAGCAAUUGCCUAUGGCAUUUCCGCAUCUGUUAUAUCAAUAUCAAUAAGCAGUGAUCAGGAAUUGCUUAAUGAAGACAUAGUUUUAGCCUUGUACAGGCAUUUGUGUUUGGCUUGAGAAUGGCCAGUCUACAGCCAAUAUCUGUCCAUGUUCAGCCUUUCCUUGAACCCUUAAGGACCACAAUAUUUCCUUCUUAGUUUGUUCCACUUCUUUAUCAAAGAUCACAAUAUUACUUAGGGGCUUCAAACUGACCUACACUAUACUGGGCUGCCAUUUCUCUAUCUACAAACUGGUGUUCAAUAUAGACAUUUGGCAUUGCCAAUCACUAGAAGGCCCUUGGCAUUUAGGAACUUAAAGCAACUUGUUACA